UAAAACCCUAACAUUUUGCUUCACCUGAAAGCCGACGCUCUUUGUCUCAGUCACUUAAAAUGGAAGGCUCCGUCGAAGAAACGGCGAAAACAGUUUCCGAUUUAGCAAUGGAUUCCGCAGAUCCCGGUGAAACUCAGAGCAAAAACGCUCGUAAGAAGGAACUUAAAAAUAAGCAGAGGGAAGAGGAGCGUCGCCGUAAGGAGGAGGAAAAAGCCGCCAAACAGGCAGCAGCCAAGGCAAGCUCACAAAGUCAGAAACCUGUGGGAGGUGAUGAUGAAGAUAUGGAUCCCACGCAAUUCCAUGAGAAUAGGCUGAAAUUUCUUACAGCCCUGAAGGUCGAGGGAAAAAAUCCAUAUCCUCAUAAGUUCUUCACAUCAAUGUCUAUCAUUGAAUAUAUAGAUAAAUAUGGAAGCUUAGGCUAUGGGGAGCAUAUUGAGGAUGUAUCAGUUUCUUUGGCUGGGCGAAUUAUGAGCAAAAGAUCAUCCAGUUCAAAGCUCUUCUUUUAUGACUUGCAUGGUGAUGGUGCCAAAGUCCAAGUUAUGGCUGAUGCGAGCAAGUCUGGCUUGGAUGAAGCUGAAUUCGCAAAAUUCCAUUCCAGUGUGAAGCGUGGUGAUAUAGUUGGUGUCACUGGGUUUCCAGGCAAAACCAAGAGAGGGGAGUUGAGCAUCUUUCCAAAGUCAUUCAUAGUUUUAUCCCAUUGUCUACAUAUGAUGCCUAGGCAAAAAGCAGGUCCUGAUGCCAGUGUGAAGAAAACUGAUGUAUGGGUCCCAGGAAGUACUAGGAAUCCUGAAACAUAUAUUUUGAAGGAUCAGGAAACUCGAUAUCGCCAACGCUAUCUUGAUUUGAUGUUAAACGUGGAGGUUCGUCAAAUAUUCAAGACCAGAUCUAAGAUCAUUUCUUAUAUACGGAGUUUUCUUGACAAUCUUGAUUUCUUGGAGGUUGAAACUCCCAUGAUGAACAUGAUUGCUGGAGGUGCAGCUGCCCGUCCAUUUGUAACCCAUCACAAUGAAUUAAACAUGAAGCUCUACAUGCGUAUUGCACCCGAGUUAUAUCUUAAGGAGCUAGUAGUUGGUGGACUGGACCGUGUUUAUGAAAUUGGAAAACAAUUUAGAAAUGAGGGUAUUGAUUUGACUCACAAUCCUGAGUUCACUACCUGUGAGUUCUAUAUGGCUUUUGCUGACUAUAAUGACUUGAUGGAGCUCACUGAAAAAUUGUUGAGUGGGAUGGUCAAGGAACUUACAGGUAGCUAUAAAAUUAAAUAUCACGCAAAUGGCCUUGAUAAUGAUCCAAUUGAGAUUGAUUUCACUCCGCCUUUCAGGAGGCUUGACAUGGUAGAGGAGUUAGAGAAGAUGGCUAACCUCAAAAUACCCAAGGACUUUUCCAGUAAUGAAUGUAACAAGUAUUUGUUAGAUGCAUGUGCAAAGUUUGAGAUCAAAUGCCCUCCUCCUCAAACAACAGCACGUUUGUUGGAUAAACUUGUGGGUCAUUUUCUUGAAGAUACAUGUGUGAAUCCUACUUUCAUCAUCAACCAUCCUGAAAUAAUGAGUCCUUUGGCAAAGUGGCAUAGGUCAAAACCCGGGCUGACUGAACGUUUUGAACUGUUUAUCAACAAACGUGAACUUUGCAAUGCAUACACUGAGUUGAAUGAUCCUGUUGUACAACGUCAACGAUUUGCUGAACAACUGAAGGAUCGGCAAUCAGGUGAUGAUGAAGCAAUGGCUUUGGAUGAAACAUUUUGUAUUGCACUUGAGUAUGGAUUGCCACCAACUGGUGGUUGGGGAUUGGGUAUUGAUCGGCUAGCUAUGUUACUAACAGAUUCACAGAAUAUCAAGGAGGUUCUUCUCUUCCCAGCCAUGAAACCUCAGGAUGAACCAUCUGCUAAAGCAGCUCCAUCAACUUAGGGAGUUCAACCUGCUGAAAUAUGACAACUUGGCUUUGAUCUACCGUGUUUUUGGUAAUCCCUGUUGUAAGAGCUGUCAAUUUUUGGAUGUUAAUUUUUUGAAAGAGAGUUCUUCAGUUGUCAUUCAACUCUCUACAUUAAGAUAAAUAUUGCAAGUAUAGAUGUCAUAUAUGAUUAGAAAGUCACCUGAUUUUACUAAACUGAAUAUUCAUGUCGAAUGGUAUCAAAAUAUUUAAAGCAUUUUGCAUUUUCUUACAAACUGACUCCAGCCAAUAUUGAAAUGAGAAUGAUGUGGACUUGUUCGGAGCCUUUUGCUUUAUUUGUUCUUGCAGCCAUUUUUGUGGUAUUAGUGUCACAAUCUUAAUGAGGAGUCAUGAAUCUUACAUCUGACUGUAUGUUAAAAUUGAUCUUGAGAUAUAAGUGUUUAUACCACUUUCAACUUGUGAGGUAAAACUGUGAGAUCCAACGGGUCGAAAUGAACAAUACCUCACAAGUUGAUGUGAGUCACCGUUUCUUGUGUUAGGUUGAUAUGGGAUGCGGAAGAGUUCAUACUGUGUCUUGGAGUCGCAUGAAUUUGGAGAUUUGAGUCUUAGCUAUUGACAAAUGGUAUCAAAGCAUUCCAGCAUUUUCUUGUUUUUUUUUUUUAACUUGCAUAUUCUGCUUUUCUAGUUGGUUUAGUACAUGUACGCUUGUUUUAUAGGUUGACUUAGGCAUAAGGAAUUAAAUCCCAAUUUAAGGCUGCAUGGAUUUUGGCUUCAGAUCAGAGCCCGUGACAUUAGGAGGUGGUUUAAAAUGCAUUUUGCAUUUUAAAAGUUCAAUGAUUUCAUUUACAAUUUUUUUAAAAAUGCGCUGAAUUCAUCCAUUCCUUAAAUUACUGUUAAAAAUACAGCAUUUCAUGUUGUUGUCGUCUAAUUGUUUUUGCAUGGAUCCAUUAAAUAACAAACUAUUUCAUAUUUUGAGAUC